AUGGGGAAUAUAAUGUGUAUGAGCAAGAAAGACAGCAAGAAUGGCGUGGUUGGAUUAAAGAGUAAAAGAGGGUCGAUGUCAAAGAGAAAGGGUUUAACCGAGGAAGAGGUACUGCACAGGCAAGCUCUGGCUAUGGCGAUUAAGCAACACAGUCAGGUUUCUCAAAGAUUUGAUUGUAAUAACAACGGUUCGAUGUCGAGGCGCGUCGGGUCCACGAGCUCUCGCCGCCGCCCCACUGAUUUGUCUGAAAAGUUGGAAAAUUUGGAGAAUAUCAAGAGAAAGAAGUUUGUAUUGGUCCAUGGAGGAGGAUUUGGGGCUUGGUGUUGGUAUAAAACUAUUGCACUACUUGAGGAAUCUGGAUUAGUCCCAAUUGCUUUGGAUCUUGCCGCCUCUGGUAUCGAUAUCACGCAUUCAAACAAUGUAGCUACUAUUGCAGACUACGCAAAACCAUUGAUCGACUUUCUUGAAAAUUUACCGGCUGAUGAACAGGUAAUAUUGGUUGGUCAUAGUAGCGGAGGUGCUUGCGUUUCUUAUGCAUUAGAGCAUCAACCCGAGAAGAUCUUGAAAGCUGUUUACCUUUGUGCUACUAUGAUAGCUGAUGGGGAGAGGCCUUUGGAUGUUUUUGCUCAAAAAGAGCUUGGCUAUGAACAACUUUUCUCGCGCCAGUCGAAGUUUCUAAUUUAUGGCAAUGGUAAAGACAAUCCUCCAACGGGGCUCGUGUUUGAGAAGAACAUUAUGCGUGGUUUAUAUUUCAAUCAGUCCCCUGCAAAGGAUGUUGCUCUAGCAAUGGUUUCAAUGAAGCCCAUUCCACUUGGCCCGAUGAUGGAGAAAAUGUCUUUAUCGGCAAAAAAAUACGGAUCAGGGCACCGUUAUUACAUCCAAACGCUGGAAGAUAAUGCCCUUUUGCCGGAGGUCCAAGAGAGGCUCGUCCAUGAUAACCCACCUCAACGAGUCUUCAACAUCAAAGGCAGCGACCAUUGCCCUUUCUUCUCAAAGCCUCAGUCGCUGCAUAAGAUACUGAUCGAAAUCGCACAAAUUCCUUAG